AUGAUUUUUCUCAGUCCCUUUGUUUGCAGUUACGGAGCUCUCAAACCUCCAUUCCUCAUGCCUCUGAGGUCGGAGAAGCUCUUGACUUUCUUACGGAAUUGUAGUAAAUGUACCGUCGUGGAUAUUGGAGGCCAUGGCGUUGUGAGCGCUCUCAUCGCAGCUAUGUUCUCCGUAUGCAAAUUUCUUGGAUGUCUUAAUGUGCUGAGCGAAAGCUUGAAUGUAGCUUUCUUCUCAGCUGUAUAUGAUCGUGAUAAUAUAUGGCGAUUAGAGCCCCAAAUGUCGAAAACAAUGCAACUCUCAUAUUACGAGAUAUUUCAUGAAGACAAGCAGAUGAUACGGUUAGGAGAACUCCGUAACUUUUCCCAAGUUGGACAAGUCACUAGGGCACAGGAUAAUCGGGGUACUGCUCAGGUGUUGGCCUCGAUUUGGCUGGCCCACCAACCGGGUGAAGGGCAAGGGAGCAAAGAGAUGAAAGGGCUCCAUGUAACUCUUGGCGAACGGAAGAUUGCUUGUUUAGAGCCUGGUGCUGUGCGGCUCUGGACUAACGCGAAAAUUAUAUGGGUAUUUGGGCUUUUCUGUAUGAGUGCCGUGCAGCAGUCUGUAUUUUCAUUCAGAGGCUCCACUACCACAAAUGAUCCAGAGCACUGCGAAGGCGACCGGCUACCUACGGAGAGUGCAAAAAUAUACCACAUGAUGCAGUCUGGGGACCACUAG